CAUCCGGGCUCUUUGUCCAAAUGCUUGUGCGAAGCGUUGAAGCCCCUGAUGUAACUGUCUGUGAUGAAGCUAAGUGCUGGCUAGCUGCUACACAAGGACACAUGUGUAUAUAAACAUUAGAUCCUCGUGUAGAAGUCUCAGUGGCUGAGGACACUAUUCACAUGUACUUAAAUGUAAAAUAAAACAUUAUAAUCUGUAUAUUUUCAACUUCCACUAUUAUACUUGCAGCAGAUGAUAUAACCUGCACAGUUUGUAUAUACUAUUAUACAGAUUGUUUACAGUAGAUCAUUAAGAUUUGCACCAUUCUAGCACAAAUAGCAUGAUUCUUUAUUUUGAGCUGGGGUGCUGUGUAAAACUGGAGGUUAAAAGACCCAAUGACACAAAUAUAUAUUAUCAUGCUUCUGUGCAGCUUAUAUCCUCUGAUAUACAUCAAAUACAUGUGGAAUGUAAUUUUAUCUCGGCCCCACUAUUUAUUCUCCAUUCCGGCCUUUUCCAGUUAUUCCACAGAAGGAGACACUAAGAUACCCAAAAUAUACACCAAGACUGGAGACAAAGGUUUCUCAAGCACAUAUACUGGAGAGAGGAGGCCAAAGGAGGAUCAUAUUUUUCAAGCCUUAGGAAAUGCAGAUGAGCUGUCAUCAGCUAUAGGCCUGGCCAGAGAAUUUUGCCUUGACAAAGGCCACACGUUUACAUAUCAACUGGACAAGAUACAGUGCAUUUUACAGGACGUGGGCUCAAAUAUCGCCACCCCACGAUCAUCUGCCAGAGAAAGUCACACAAAGAAAACACAAUUUAGUGCUCAGCCAAUUACAGACCUGGAAACCUGGAUUGACAACUUUACAAAAGAGCUCCCUCCACUGACCAACUUCAUUUUACCUUCUGGAGGCAAGAGCAGCGCAGCUUUGCACUUGGCUCGGACGGUCUGUCGGCGAGCAGAGAGAAGCGUUGCUCCAAUCGUGCGCUCAGGCGAGGCAGAUCCAGAUGUAGCCAAGUUUUUGAACAGAUUGAGCGACUACCUGUUCACGGUGGCCAGAUAUGCAGCCAUGAAAGAAGGCAGUGAGGAGACAAUCUACAAAAGACCUGAAUGACCAGUGUCACAUGAGGAUGAAGGGAAAGAUGUUUUUUUGGAUGGUUGAUGCAGACACUUUGUAUUUACUAUUGUAAAUAUGUUAAUAAAUAUGCUCAAGGUAUCAAA